AGCAUGAUUCUCCUAGUCAACACGCCGCAGAUCAUCCAAUGGAUUGGACAUUUCCUGUACAAUUUGCUGCUCACGUCGAUGAUGAUAGCAAUUGACUACAACAAAUACGCCACCAGGAAGAAUGCUUUUCGAGUAUCUUGGCUCACUGGAAGCUAACGCUCAACAUACUACCUCACCGUUCCGUACCUGUAUGGGAUGCCCUUGCCGGCAGCAUCGGCGCUCCUCCACUGGCUGGUAUCUCAAAGCUUUUUCUACGUCCAAAUCGCGCCACUGGAUAUCCAUGGGAACACCACACUGUAUCAGAUUGUGACUUGUGGCUCCUCGCCUGCCGCCAUCAUUCCAGUCAUAGCCCUCGGCGGCUUGUUGGUUUUGGGAGGGGUCAUUCUCGGGCUGCACCAUCUCAGGUUUCUUAUGCCUCUUGUUGCUCACUGCAGUGCUGCGAUCAGUGCCACUUGCCAUCCGCUACUAAGUUCUUGUGUGGAUCAUGCGUUGGGAUUGAUUCAAUGGGAAAGGUCAUCAAGGAUCAGCCUUCUUCGGCCGCGGAUCUCCAGGGCAAGGAUGACAGAGGGCUUGACGAGUAGGAGGUCACUCGAUUGGAGCAACACCGGCGACAUGACAGCGAUGGAGGACAUUAUCGUUGUGCCUUAACAUCAGACGUUGUUUGCGGACCUUCUUUUAGCUGCCGCUAUGCGAAGAUGGAUUUUGUCUUCGUUUCCAACAAAAACAAUAUUAAAUGAUUCGACUUUGUUGGUAUGCAGG